AUGGCGGGUCUCCUCUGCUGCGGGCGCGCUCUGCGCCGGGCGGCGGGGGCGGCCUGGCCCCUGGGCGGGAGCGCGAGGCGCCUGAGCCGGGAGCAGAGCGGGGCCGGAGAGGCGCCCAGCAUGGAUGCCAAGCCCAGGAAAACAACCCAAAUCCCCAAGUUAUACACGAAAACAGGAGACCAAGGGUUUUCCAGCACAUUCACUGGAGAGAGGAGAGCAAAAGAUGACCAGAUCUUUGAUGCCCUGGGAACACUCGAUGAACUGAGUUCAGCCAUAGGGCUAAGUGCUGAAUUUGGCAGUGAAGGAGGUCACUCGUUUGUGCAGGAACUUCACCAGGUCCAGUGUGCGCUGCAGGACGCCGGCUCCAACGUGGCAACUCCCAUAUCCUCAGCCAGGGAGUCACAUUUAAAGCGAACGUCGUUCAGUGAAAAGCCCAUUCUGGAGCUGGAGGCCUGGAUCGAUCACUACUCUGAGCAGCUUCCGCCACUCACAGCUUUCAUUUUACCCUCUGGCGGCAAAAGCAGCACUGCUCUCCAUCUCUCCAGAGCCAUCUGCCGCCGAGCCGAGAGGUGUGUGAUUCCUUUGGUGAAAAUGGGAGAAGCAGAUGCAGACGUGGCCAAGUUUUUGAACAGACUGAGCGACUACUUAUUUGUUCUUGCCCGCUAUGCUGCAAUGAAGGAAGGGAAGCAGGAGAAGAUCUACACCAGAACGGAGUAAGGAGCAGAGGCCCUCUGAUGCAAGAGCUGGACUGCCAGGCUUUCAGACAGAGGACUGGACAAGAUGGAAGAUUGCUUGCAGUUUCAAACUGAGCUCUUGAAA